GUCCAUUUCACUCCUUGUCGAAGACUUGCCACUUCUUGUUCAUCGCUCUUUCUCCCUUGGCAGUUCGUGCUACAUUCUAAUAUCUUGUAUUGACCUCUUCACACACUCGCUAAAGCUCCAGGAUUGUAUCGCCGCGUGCACUGGUGCAUUUCCGCGCGUACAGCAUCAUUUGAUCCACCCCUGCCUUCAUCGGCUAGAUCUUCACCUUUCACCAAGACCUCGACUCGUACCACAAACACCAACACUCCGUCAAUAUGAGAUCAUUCGGACUCGCUACGGCGACCAUUGCGGCCAGCAACUUCAUCGCCAGCACUGUCGCGCAGGACCUGCCCUCGAUCGUGAUCAAGGGCUCCAAGUUCUUCUACGAGAACAAUGGCACACAGUUCUUCAUGAAGGGUGUCGCAUACCAGCAGGAGUACGCGGGCAACGGCUCGACCACCUCCAGCGAUAACACAUACACCGACCCUCUCGCCGAUGCGUCCACAUGCCAGCGCGAUAUUCCAUACCUGCAAGAGCUCCAAACCAACACGAUCCGUGUUUACUCCAUCAACCCCGAUGCCGACCACGACGAGUGCAUGACUGCAUUGGCCAAAGCUGGCAUCUAUGUCGUCGCUGAUCUGUCCGCGCCCAUCGCCGGUGGCUCCAUCAACCGCAACAUGCCGACAUGGGACGAUGCGCUCUACUCGCGCUACACCGCUGUCGUGGACAGCAUGGCAAAAUACACCAACACUCUCGGUUUCUUCGCCGGUAAUGAGGUCUCCAACGCUGUGAACAACACCGAGGCCAGUGCGUUCGUCAAGGCCGCUGUGCGCGACACCAAGGCAUACAUCAAGUCAAACAACCUUCGCACCAUCGGUGUUGGUUAUGCUACCAACGACGAUGCCGACAUUCGCGUGAACAUGGCGGAUUUCUUCAACUGCGGCGACCAGAGCUCUGCUAUUGACUUUUGGGGAUACAACAUCUACUCGUGGUGCGGUGACUCUUCCUACCAAAAGUCCGGCUAUGACGUCCGCACCAAGGAAUUCUCUUCUUACUCCGUGCCCGUCUUCUUCGCUGAGUACGGUUGCAACGAGGUCGAACCCCGCGAGUUUGGCGACAUCUCCGCGCUCUACGGUCCGCAGAUGGCUCCAGUGUGGUCCGGUGGUAUUGUCUACAUGUACUUCGAGGAAGCCAACAACUACGGUCUUGUCAAGGUCGACGGCGACUCAGUCUCUACUCUUAAAGACUUUGACAACUACAAGGCCCAGAUCGCCAAGGCUAAACCAUCGGGUGUCGAGAUGGACUCUUACUCUCCAACCAACAGCCCUGCCGAUUGCCCGACCGCAAACGACUGGAGUGCUCAGUCUUCCCCUCUCCCACCAACUCCCAACGAGGAGCUCUGUGGUUGCAUGUACCAGACUCUCAGCUGUGUGGCCUCCUCCAACUUGGAUUCGGAGGACUUUGGCAAAACCUUUGGCACCGUCUGCGGUCUUGGUGAUGACGUCUGCGCUGGUAUUGCCGCCAACGCCACCACCGGCGACUACGGCGCGUACAGCAUGUGCAACUCCACCGAGCAGCUCUCGUUCGUCCUCAACCAGUACUACCUCAGCCAGAACUCCGCACAAGACGCCUGUGACUUCGAUGGCGCUGCAACUCUCAAGGAUUCUCAGACUCCCUCGGGUAACUGCAACAGCUUGCUCAAGGAGGCUGGCUCCGAUGGUACCGGCUCUGUCAGCUCUUCACCAACUGGCGGCAAGUCCGGCUCUGGCUCCAAGUCCGGCGCGACCUCCAAGGGUGCCGCUGGAUACUCUGCCAAGGCCAGCGCUGAGGUUAGCAUGCUCCCAGUGUUCUUCAUGGGUAUGCUUGCGGUGCUUUCCGGUUGCGGCAUGAUUUUGUUGUAGAUUGGGAGGAUUAAUCACUUUGGCAUUUUCAUGGUUGGGAUUCGCGUAUGUUUCUUUAGAUUUGCCUGCAAAAUGGCCAGAACCAGAAAGCAUGGAGUAGGGUUUUAUUUGUAAAGAUUUCCUCACCAGGCGAGGAAAGGAAUGCAAUUCUGAGUUCUCAUUACUG